AAGCCCUUCCAAUGUCAAGAUUGUACUCUGAGCUUUAGAAGAAGCUCCGACUUGAGGCGACACCAGAGAGCCCACCUGCCGGUUUUACCACAUAUCUGCCAACAGUGCGGUAAGGGAUUUGCAAGAAAGGAUGCCCUGAAGAGACACACCGACACUCUCACCUGUAAACGUAACAGAGAAAGAUUGCUGAGCAGUGGUGGCGAUCUGGAAAGUAUACUUCAGAGAGGAAGAGAUCACAUAUGA